CUCUUUGAUCUUUGCAAAUGACACGUGCAAUUCAAGUUAGACAAUAAUUGCCACAGGCACAGGUGCUUGCAUGAGGACAGGACACAGCAUCAACCCCAUCCCCUGAGGAUUUUGACCCUCGGGUCACUUGUGACCUUUAAGAUCAAUCAUUCUUUUAUGACAUAUUUCUGGUUCAUUCUAUGCUAAUAUGUAUACGGUGUGACCGUUGGACCGAGCGAAGAAUGUAAUGGUCAUUGGAGUGUCCCAAGUGGUAAUCAUAAUUCCGUUAAGUACGGUAGAUUAUGAUUCAUUUAAAAAUAUAUAUUUUGAAUGAAAUUUUCAUUGCGCUAAACACGCAGUAACAUCUCAGUAUUAAAGGGGUUUAUAUGGGUACAACAGUUUUACGGGAUCCGCCUAUUCAUUGAACGCGGGACAUAAAACGCAAGGCGACGUAAACAGUGCAUCGUGACGUCACAUUUAGCCUCGACUUUUUUCUCGUUUUCAAAGCAAACAAUUAUAAACAACAAUAAUACAUUCCGUAUGCAAUGAAAAGGCGGUUAAAACUAAACAAAAUUAAUCAUUGGAUUCAAAAUUGUAAAAAAAAAAAAAAAAAAAAAAAGUAACCGUAAAUUUAUCGUAUAUUCUUAUUCAAAGAAACUCAUGAACUCGUUCAUCUAUUUAGUCGUAUUACGGUUUUAUAUGUAUUUAUUUGCUGUUACAAUGAUAAUUAUACUAUUCACUUUGAACAAACUGAGUGUUUAAAUUACGAAUUGCACGUCAGAGUCUUCUAUUAUUGGCAUUCUAAAUAAAACACGAAUAACUGUUGAAGCAGGUAAUGAAAAAAUAAAUGGCGGCGCCCAUAUGGAUCACGAAAAUUUCAGUGAACGUAUAUCGAGAUUAUCACUUUUUCUUUUGCUGAUUUUGACUUUUUUUCUUUUACAUACGUGUUACCUUUAGAACCUUGCUUCGCGGACGGGCCUUCGGCUCGUCCGAGCUUCGCUCGCUAUAACUCCGUAAAUUAAACUUAAAGAAACAUUACAUUAAAAAACAAAAACUAACCCGACUAAGCCUAGUGUAAACCAUUCUCUGAUUUGGUAGGUGCUGUAUCCUGUCUUCAAGCACCUGUGGAUUAUAAGGCAGGACAAUGAUAGUUGAAGAACUUCUUCGACAAUAAAUUUAUCGCAUACAUGGUAAAAUUGAGGUAUAGGGGACCCUCGAUAUAAUUAUGCCUAGAUCAUAUCAGGGUUCAUGUCAUUAAAGGAAAUUAUUAGAAUGCAAUAGGUACCUUCCCUGCAAAUUGAUGAAAACUUAUUAUAAACAUGAUGUCAUAUCUAAUAAAGUGAAGACAGCCACUAGGGCUGGGUUCGUUAUAUCAGGAGGCAAAAAUCUGUGACCUUUAUUCAUCUCAGUGAUGGAACCCAGAAGGAUACAACACAGGUUGUGAUAGAUCGAAGCCAAUGCCCCAGUGAAGUAACUGUUGGAAGUUGUGUAACUGUGCUUGGAAAAUAUGCUGAAAGUAUUGGAAAGAAACAAAGUAUUGAAUUUCAAGCUGAAGAAAUCAAAGUUCAGGGCACAUGUGACACACAGAAAUAUCCCUUUCAACCAAGAAACAUCCACUCUAUUGAUUACAUGAGACAACACCUCCAUCUUCGUCCAAAAACAAAUUUUACCUCGGCCAUGAUGAGGAUCAGAAACACCACUACAAUGGCUGUUCACAAGUUCUUCCAGGAGAAGGGAUACAUCUUUAUUCAUACCCCCAUUUUAUCAUCUAACGACUGUGAAGGAGCUGGACAGCUGUUCACUGUUAAGGUUUCAGAUGGCAAAAUUAAUGGGAAUGAAAAAAAAUCAUCAGAGUUUUUUAAUGUCCCAGCAUUCCUCACAGUGUCAGGACAGCUCCAUCUAGAGGCCAUGGCAGGUGGCAUCAGUAAGGUAUACACGUUUAGCCCGGCAUUCAGGGCAGAGAGGAGUGCCACAAGUCAUCAUUUGGCCGAGUUCUACAUGAUUGAAGCUGAACUGUCCUUUACUGAGAGUUUAGAAGAUAUCAUGCAGCUGAUGGAAGGGCUUAUAAAGUUCAUUACACAGGAAACCUUAGAAAGCUCAUCAGAGGAUAUUGGUUUUGUUCACCAGAGGAACUCGGUAUCAUCAGAGCACUUGAAAGUCAUUGAAUCUAUGAUAAAGAAUGAUUUUAUAAGGAUGCCGUAUGAAGAAGCGCUAGAUAUACUAAAUAAAAACAAUGACUCAUCAAACAUACAGUGGGGAGAUGAUCUACAGAGAGCUCACGAGAAAGCAUUAGUAAAGCAUUGUGGGAAUGUUCCUGUGUUUGUUACAGACUAUCCUGAGGAACUGAAACCAUUUUAUGCCAAACAAAAUCCAGACAACCGAACAGUGGCUGGUCUGGAUCUCUUGAUCCCCGGGGUUGGAGAGCUAUGUGGAGGAACACUCAGAGAGGACAGAUAUGACUUACUACAUCAGAAAUUAAAAUCCAAAAGUUUGCUAAACUCACUUUCUUGGUACCUGGAGCUACGGGAAUUUGGCUCCUGUCCACAUGGUGGCUUUGGAAUGGGAUUUGAUCGCUAUCUACAGUUUCUGGUGGGAAUGUCCAACAUCAAAGAUGUUACUGCAUUUCCUCGUUGGACUGACCAUUGUCCACUUUGAGGACGUUAGCAAAUAUUUUUCAUGUUAUCAUAUUCUAAAGAAAUAAAUGGAAAUGACUAUUCAAGUGAAAUUGUGAUCAUAGAUUGCAAAUGAAUACUUGUUCAAUAUA